AUGCGUUUCUUAACCGUGCUCGCCGCUGGCGCGUAUCUUUCAGAACAUGUCACCGCGUCUCCUAUUGUGGAGAUUACUAACCGCAUGGUUGAGAGAAGCCUUGAAUCUCGUGCAGUUUUCACCUACCAGGGUUGUUACUCCGAAGGAACCAGUGGAGGAGGCAUUGGUGCCGGAAAAGCGCUCGUUGGCAAGACUGUCACUGCUCCAUCUGGUGGAUUGACCGUUGAGUAUUGUGCGCAAAGCUGUGCCGGAUUCGUCUUGUUCGGUCUUGAGACUACCACUUGUUAUUGCGGAAACAGACUUGAGUCAGGCGUACUUCCAGUGUCUGCCACAGCGUCUCAGACUUGUGAUACAUCAUGUGUCGGAAACACUGCACAGAUCUGUGGUGCUUACCAAAAAUUGAGCAUCUACUUGAUAUCUGGCGCAGGCUCCCCUGGUCCUCAAGGAAUUCAAGGUCCAACCGGACCCGCAGGUGCGGCCGGCGCCAAAGGUGCACCAGGCGCCAAGGGUGACACCGGCUCGCAAGGAGCGGCUGGUGCUGAUGGGGUCGGAAGCCCAGGCGCUCAGGGACCUACGGGCUUGCAAGGACCACAGGUUAAUAUCUCAGUUCUCGUUGAACAAGAUUCAAGUGUUGCCGGGGCGGCUGGCUCGACUGGUGCGACCGGGUCAACCGGUCAAAACGGCGCUAAUGGACAACCUGGCCAAGCUGGAGCACCGGGACCGAAAGGUGACAAAGGGGAGGCUACCAAUGGUAUCAAUGGUGCCCCCGGUAACCCAGGCUUGCCAGGUCUGCAAGGCACAACUGGGCCAAAAGGAGCUGCCGGUGAUACAGGAGCACCUGGUGCCGAUGGCGCCCAAGGACCAAUUGGCGCGACAGGCGAUACAGGUGCCCCAGGUCCGGCCGGUCCAUGUCGCCCAGCGGGAAGGAACAUGGGAUUCGAGUCCAUUGCCAAUCCUUCAUACGACCAGCCAUGGGAUAUCUCACCAGGUUUCAUUAACAACGUAGCCUACAGUUUCAACAGCAGAUUAGAACCCAACGCUGGCUUGCAGCACGCACUUCUCGACUUCACAUUGGAUGGGGCAAGAAGUGGUAGAUUUGAACAGGGAGAUGUCCAACUUUGCCCCGGCACGACUUACACCUUCACAGCUUCUCUCAAAUGGACUGCAACAGGAUCUUCGACCACUCCUCCGAUCUGUACCAUCUACUUCUACCUCGGCCCCGAUGAGAACAACCUUUCCGAGCUUGUCACAUUACCAACCCGUAUCGAUGUAGACACCAUCGAGAAGGCAGCUCUCCCAACUUCCUAUACCGAGUACACCGGAACUUAUAUUGCAGGUGCUGGAGAUGAGUCUGAUGAAUUGGUCGUCCUCAUCGACUGCGACGGAAAUGCCGAGAACUUGGGGUUGAUCUCAUUCGACUCUUUCAGACUUGCUCCAACCGUCGUGUAG